AGUGAUCAAAUUCCAAAAGCAGUCACAUUAUUUGUUUACAAAGAAAAUGUCAUCAAAAGAAUGGAUAGAAGAAAUUCCAGUAAUGGACAUUUAUUCUCAUAGCUUCAGCAAUUCAGAUAUAUCUUCCCUAAGCAAAGCUUGCAAGGAAUGGGGAUUCUUCUUCAUCCGAAACCAUGGCAUUCCAAAGGAGUUUUACGGAAAACUCAUCUCCGAUGCCGACCGACGACUAUUUUCUUUUCCCGACGAGACGAAGCGGAAAAUGAAAGUGGGAGUUUCUUCUUACACCCCUAGAUUUGUGGUGUCACCAUCCAUGGAGAGCUUCAAGGUUUUAGGGCCCAACUUCUCUGCUUCUGCUGCUGCUCAUGGUUUUACUGACUCCAUAUUUGGUCGCCAAGCUACUGAAUUCAGGAAUCUUCUAGAUGAAUAUGGAAGCAAAAUGGAAGAAGUGUCAAAAAGAGUAGUACAACUAUUACUAAAAACAUUGGGAGAAGAUCUUGAAAACAAAUUCUAUGAAUCUGAGUUCGGUAAUUGCCAUGGCUAUCUAAGGAUAAACAGCUAUACUCUUCAAGACUUGAACGACGAAGAAGAAGUCGUAGGAUUCAAGAAGCACACCGACCUUAGCUACGUGACGAUCCUGUUCCAAGACGACGUUGGGGGGCUACAAAUGAGAUCGAAAGGAGGCGAGUGGUUCGAUGUAAAGCCGAGCAAGGACGGGAAUCUUUUGGUGAACAUUGGGGAUUUUAUGGAGGCUUGGAGCAAUGGGAAGGUGAGAUCAGCUGAGCAUAGAGUUGUUUUGAGGAAAAAAAUUAAUGUGAAGAAGAGAUUUUCUGUGGCUUUCUUUUUGACAUAUGAAGAUGGUGAUAGGGAAAUAUAUGCUCCAACUGAGGUUGUUGGAGAAGGCAAAUCAAGGCUUUAUCUCCCAUUUUCAACCCAAGAAUAUAGGCUCUUUAGGGAAAAAAAUUAUGAGAAAAUUGAUGCCACACUCAAAGAUUUUGCUGGAAUAUAAUGGCUCUUGAAUCAUCCAUCUUUCAGAUUGUAAUACCUAUCUUAUAAUAAUCUACGGAUAAUAUCUAUGUAAUAAAAGAAACAUAUCAAUUCCCACAUAAAUUGUUGAAUUAAUUAAAUUAAUGUCUUUGAUUAA